AUGUAUGCUCUCAAUGUCGACCCUCUUGACUGGAGCUUUACGCCGUUUGCCAGGCCGAAUAUGCAGCUGUUCCUGGUGGCUCAGGAAAGGUACGGCGGUGAACAGCACGAGCGUGUGAUCCUCAUCGAACAGGAAGGUGCAGAAGACGACGCGGACCAAGCGGCCACAGACGAAAGAAAGGAGUCUGAUGUGAUUUAUGCAAACUACCAUGUCUUGCUAUGGUGUUCAAAGUAUGAAUCCGGUCCGAGUGUGGAGAGGAUGAAGCAAAACGUCGCGCAUGGCAAGUUCCAACUGGCCAAGGCUAGCUGGGUCAAUGGCGGGCAGGGACAGCGCUGGUGCAUUGGAUAA